UAUACUGUACCACAUAUAAACAUCAGCUGUGAAAUUUUCAACCACCCUGUACUGAAUGAUUUUCACAUUGGAUGCGGGUGUAGCUAUAGCUAAAUGUUAAAGUGAACAUCAUCGUGUACAUAUGUGGCAACAGUACUCCUGCAAGUAACAUUAGGCUGAUAUAAGAGUAGUCUAGAUCAGUAUUACAAAGAUGGGAACCACUAACUGCGGAGGAUUUAGUGCCUAACACUGCGACUGCCAGUGGGAGAUAGAUUAACAUCAUUAUUCUAGGUAUCCCAGUGGAGGCAAUGCUCCUAAAUGAGUCACCUACCCCGAAUAGACCCAGAUGUACUUCAGUCCAUCCACCUUCGCUACGAGGACACAGCGGCAGCCAUAUUCCGCCAAAAUCAAAAGAAAAAAGGAGAAGCAAAAAGUUACUUGACGUUUGGAGAUUCCGCCAAAACAUUUGCAUAUGGAAAAUUUGGGAACGAGGCUGUCACAGUACGAAUGAAAGGAAAAGAGGUGCUAAAAGUCGACGACAGAGCUAUUAUGUCAAAAGUUUGCACAAUAUUAUGAGGACUUGCUCAGUGGAUAGACUUCUGCCUUCCUGAAUUCAGACACAAUAAUUAGUUCUUUGUGGUGUUGUACUUGCGUUGGUGAAACAAGGAGUUGUGCCUUUAUUUUGUUUCAAGCAUCUUCAGUGCAGCAUUGUUAUUGUGUUUUUAUGUGUGGACGGGAAGUUGAUAUCCAUACAUAACAUCUUUGUAAUCUGAGUUAUAGGAUAAGAUUGACAUUUGAACACACCACUUUUUUUGUUCUUUACUAAAUAAUUGUCUUUCAUUCAUCAUCAUCAUUUUCAUUAAACCAGAAGUCAUACACACAUUAAAAGCAAAUAUGGAUCUUCAAGUCCAUCCAAUUCUAGAGAAAAACACCAUCCCAAAUCCAGCACUGUGGUAUGUUUUUUCAUCCACUGGAGAGAGCCCCACUAUGAGAGUUGGCCACACCUGUACCUUCGUGCCGGGGCAAGAUGGCAACAGUAGAAAAGUCUUUUGUAUUGGAGGAGCCAAUCCCAGUGGCCCUUUCAAUGAAGUUUAUAUCCUAGACUUGGAAACAUUUCAGUGGGACACUUGUGAAAGCCCAGCACUGAUUGCACGCUACGAGCAUUCCGCCUUUGUGCCACAGAGUCAGCCAGGGAAAAUUUACAUCUUUGGAGGAGCCACCCAGACAGGUAAUUUAAAUGACAUUCAGGUCUUUGAUGUCGGUUCGAAGACAUGGAGCACUUUAACUCCUAAAGGAACACCUCCUUCCCCAAGAACACAUCACGUCAAUGUCUGUGUUGGCGACAGUUUCAUUGUGUACAGUGGAGGACAGAGCGGUGCUGACCCAGUCACUGACCGCCAAGUCCAUUGCUACGAUGCACUCACUAACACCUGGUCAACAUUAAACAUUAAAGGAGAUCCUCCAAAACCUCGUCAUGGUCAUAUUAUGGCAGCAGUUGGCAACAAAGUAUACCUUCAUGGGGGCAUGGCAAAUCAGACAUUCUACGAUGACCUGCAUGUUUUAGAUUUAGACAAGAAAACGUGGAUGUUGGUGAAAAAUAAAAAAGUUUAUCCAUCCGCCAGGGCUGCUCAUGGAGGGGUGGCUGUAGGCAGUGACAUCUGUGUAUUUGGGGGGAUGAACAAGGAAGGUGCACUGGAGGAUAUGUAUAAGCUAGAUACAGUUUCCAUGAAAUGGACCAAAAUAGAACUAGACGGACCCCCACCCACCAACCGCUUAGAUUUUGGUAUGUGCGCCAUACAACUGGACCCUCCCCCUGCAGAGGUGCCAUCUGGUGGUGGGGAUGGUGUUGCCAGUGGUGGACAGCAGGUCAAAGCAGUACUGGAACAGCAAUUGCAAGGACUUAAUCUCACUGGGAAGACAGAUGGAGCCACAAGCUCUCCAAAGCUAGCAGCAGGUCAGCAAGACCAGGACACCGAGAGCAGCAGCACAACUGUAGACGGCAGCUCGGUGGUUGCCAGUGGGGAACCAGGACAAGACCAAGUGGCAGCUGUGGCAGGGAAAACAUUGGACAUGUUGUUUUUAUUUGGAGGAAUGGACACAGAGGGUGAAAUAUUUGAUGACAGUUUGGUGUAUCUGGUUUCAUGACAAGAUAGCAUGUGAUCCUAAGUGAGAUUUUUAUUUGUCUGCGAUGAGUGAUGGUCUUCGCUGUUUAGUAUGGCAGAAUACAGCCGCAGAGCAGGAGACAUUUCAGUUAGAGAAAGCAACUGAUUGUAGAAAUAUUUGACUCAUUGUUCUUUACCAAGACUCUGGGUCCUCUUCUCCAAGAAAACAUUUGGAAUACUAUGUAUCCAGAAAGGACUGGGUUAUCCACGAACUCGGUCUCUCUCUCAUAGUAUUGUAUACAGUGCAGCAUUUUUUGCUAAUGUUAGAAUGGGGUUGUGUGGCAUCAAGCUCAAAUGUUGUAAUUAAUUUUUUAAUUACAAGUCAGUUACAUUAUUUAGACAUUCAUGUGCAUAAAUGCCAAUCAUACUCGUGCUCAUUUUACAUUUUGAUUUUUCAUUUAUCAUUGCUGGUUACACAGAUUACUAUCUUCAUCUACACCAUUUAAGAGUGAUACAGCUCUUUUAAACAGCAACGCAAAAUAAGAAGUUUGAAAGGGCUUCAUUUUGUUCAAGUAGUUUUAUAGCAAAUCUUUGUAGAGUGACAUUAAUUUGCGGUGUUUAUAUUUUGUUUUAUUAGAACUUUUGGAAGGGCAAGAAUAAUUUUGCUAAAAUAUCUGUCCAAGGGUAUAAGAUUGCACUGGGUAGUUUGUGCUCAUUAUUUGCUGGUAUAUCUAUAUGAUACAAUUCAAGUGUUAAAGACAUCUGGUUUCUUAAUGUGCUGAAUAAGAGGGUGAAAGAAAAGUGGUUUAAAUGAGUACUAGCUGCUGAAUAGUAUUUUAAGCAAUGUGUAUUGUUGCAUUUAACAUCUUUGAAUUGGAGAAAUUAAUAAUAUUGCUUGUGGCAUAAAUCGGGAGACAAAUAAAACAUGAAUGAAAUUCUUGUCAAA